AAAACCAAACUCACUGUCCCAUGAUGCAUUGCGGAAAGAAUAGCUCCUAGUUAUUUCUCACCGGUGACAAUUCUAACGCUAAUCUUUAGCGUUGUGUUUCUCCGUUUUCUGUGUUUAUCUCGCUGCUGUUUGGACACCUGGAACUUUUAUUAGACGUUUUUAUCUCCCACGUGACAGCAGGUCGUCCUGUGUUACUCAGGAUGUCUUACCCUCCUCCGAUGAACCGCCAGCAGAUCGGAAUCCCGCAGCUGCCCCCCAGGAUCCCCCCUCCUCAGUUUGCAGGAUUCGGCCCGGGUGUCCCUCCAGGUACUCCCAUGAUCCCGGUUCAUAUGGGCGUAGUGACCCCCGCGCCCACAGUUCUCGUCCCGACGACCAUCGCCGUAGCACAGAAGCCGAUGCUUCCAAAGAAGGAUCUCAGCAGCAUCAGAGCCAAAGACACGGACGACAGCGGGGGUCCCACCACCACUGUGUUCGUAGGGAACAUCUCGGAAAAGGCCUCCGACAUGUUGGUCCGGCAGCUGCUGGCGAAAUGUGGAAUUGUUCUGAGUUGGAAAAGGGUCCAAGGAGCCUCUGGGAAACUUCAAGCUUUUGGUUUCUGUGAGUAUAAGGAGCCGGAGUCCACGCUGCGCGCCCUCAGACUUCUGCACGAACUCCUCUUAGGGGAUAAAAAGCUGCUGGUCAAAGUCGACGCCAAGACCAAGGCCCAACUGGAAGAGUGGAAGGCCAAGAAGAGGAGCGCGAACGGGGGAACCAGCGGGGGGUCAAAGAACGAGGACGACGAUGAGGAGGAGGAGGUUCUGGAUGAAGAAACUCUACGUCGAGACCAAGUGGUGAAGGGGGCGAUAGACGUCCUCAUCCGAGAGUACGCGAGCGAGCUCAACGCUCCGUCGCAGGACCCCGACAGUCAGCCGCGCAACAAGAAGAGGAAAGAGAAGAAGGAGGAGGAGGAUAUAAACGCCAUGGAGAUGGAGGACGACAAGAGAGACUUGAUUUCCAGGGAGAUCAGUAAAUUCCGCGACACACACAAGAAACUGGAGGAGGAAAAAGGAAAGAAGGAAAAGGAGCGCCUGGAGAUCGAGAGGGAGAGGAGGGAGAGGGACAAGGAGCGGGAGCGCGAGAGGGAGCGCCGCGACCGCGAGAAAGAGAAGGAGAGAGAGCGCGAGAGGGACAAGGAGCGGGAGAGAGACAGGGACCGCGAUCGUGACCGAGAACGGGAGAGAGACCGAGACCGGGACCGCGAGCGCGAGAGGACAAAGGAGCGCGAGAGAGAGCGUGAGAGGGACAGGAGUCGAGAUGUCAGUGAGAAUCGCAGCAGAUCCAGAGAGAGGACCAGAGAGGAGAAAAAACGAGACCGUGAAGAAGAUGAGGAGGACGUGCACGAACGCAGGCGGCUGGAGAGGAGGCUCCGAGACAAGGAGGCGGCUUACCAAGAACGCCUGAAAAACUGGGAGAUCCGAGAGAGGAAGAAAGGUCGGGACUACAGCAAAGACUCCGAGAGGGAGGACGAGAGGAGGCGGGAAAUGACGAAAGAAGCCAAACGACUGAAAGAGUUCCUCGAGGAUUAUGACGACGACAGAGACGACCCCAAAUACUACAGGGGCAGCGCUCUUCAGAAGCGACUCCGGGACCGAGAAAAGGAGACCGAAUUGGACGAGCGGGACCGAAAGAGAGAGAAGGAGGAGCUGGAGGAGAUCAGACAGAGGCUUCUGGCUGAAGGUCAUCCUGACCCCGACGCCGAGCUACAAAGGAUGGAGGAGGAGGCCGAGCGCAGACGACAGCCUCCUCUUAAACUCGAACCCGAGGAGGACGUGCACCAGGAGAAGUCCCACAAGGACCGGGAUCGGGAGAAGCGGGGGUCGGCGAGGCCCGCUGAGCCGGUCCCCCGAGGCCCGCCGCAGCAUUCCGACGACGACGACGUGGAAGGGGACGAGGACGACUACCGCGACGGAGAGGACUCUCAGGAGGCCAAACCACAACUCAAACCCAUCAUGCGACCAAUCACCACGGCUCCCUCGGUGUCCUCCGCCAGUGGGAACGCCACGCCCAACACACCCGGCAACGAGUCUCCCUGCGGGAUCAUUAUACCAGGCGAGAACACGCCCGAAGUCCAACCUCCAGAGGAACACCGGCCCAAGAUCGGACUGAGUCUCAAACUGGGCGCCACCAACAGUCCCAGCCAGCUCAACGUGGGGAAGCGGAAGAAGCUGGCGACCGUGGAAAGCGUGUUCAACAAGUUCGAUGACGAGGAGGCCGACGAGCAGCCGCGCAAAAGGAAGCUGGUUCCUCUGGAUUACGGCGAUGACGACAAGAGUCUGGGACUGGACGGGGCGGAGCUUCCAGCGGGGAAAGGCAACGUCAACACGGAGGAGAAACGAAAACACAUAAAGAGCCUCAUCGAGAAAAUCCCCACGGCACGGCCCGAGCUCUUCUCCUACCCUCUGGACUGGACCAUGGUGGACUCGACUCUGAUGGAUCGCCGCAUCAGACCGUGGAUCAAUAAAAAGAUUAUCGAGUACAUCGGCGAGGAGGAGGCCACGCUGGUGGAUUUUGUCUGCUCGAAGGUGAUGGCACACAGCACUCCUCAGGGUAUUCUCGAUGACGUGGCGAUGGUUCUGGAUGAAGAGGCGGAGGUCUUCAUCGUUAAAAUGUGGAGACUGUUGAUUUACGAAACAGAAGCAAAGAAGAUCGGGCUGGUGAAAUAAAGACCUCGUGUCUCUCGGCUCGUCGUUCUGCUGCCUUCCUGUUUUUCUGCAGACUGUAAACGUGUGUCCAAACAUCCCUCCAGUCCAUCAGCACGGAGCGGCUGCCUUCUACGUGUGUGUGUGUGUGUGUGUGUGUGUGUGUGUGUGUGUGUGUGUGUGUGUGUGUGUGGGGAAAAGUCUGAACUGUGAACAGAACAGGUUUGCACAAACAUACUGCAUGAUGAAACUUUGGUUGUAUUUUUGUCCUUUGUUGAGGCAAAUGUUGAAUUUCAUCCGUUUUUCCAAAUCGUUGGACACAUCCUGCUUUGAUUUCCUGUCUUCAUGUCGCGGCUCUGCUCCGUCGUGUGAACUAAUAAAUAUGCUUUUUUUAUAAAGAGA